AGUUAUCAGUUGAAUUCAGCUCAACGUAUCGCAUACACGCGUCUAAACAAAUCCAGAUCCAAGCAAACAAAAAAAACAAACUCUAAAACCUAAAAUGGCUUUCUUCAAAUCCCUGAUCUGUUUGGCUGUCCUGAGCGUUGCCUCCGCCGGUGUCCUGCACGGUGGUCCUGCGCUCUACGCUUCUGGUCCCGCUCUCGCCUACGGCGGCCAUGGACACGGACAUCAAGACGAGGGUCUGGACUAUCAUGCCUAUCCCAAGUAUCACUACAACUACGGUGUUGCCGACUCCCACACCGGUGAUGUGAAGUCGCAGCAUGAGGUGCGCGAUGGCGAUGUUGUCAAGGGCUCCUACUCUCUGGUGGAGCCUGAUGGUUCGGUGCGCACUGUGGAGUACACCGCCGAUGAUCACAAUGGCUUCAACGCUGUGGUGCACAAGACUGCACCCACUAUCCACCAUGCCGCACCAGCUAUCCAUGCUGCUCCUCUGGCCGUGCACGCUUCUCCCUUGAUUUCCCACGGCCCGUCCAUUGCUCAUCAUGUGGCUGCCGCCCCAGCUGUGCCAUAUCAUGGAUCCCAUGCCGCUGCUGUGCCCGCCUACGGUUAUGCCACCCACAACGCUCACGCGCAUGUCGCCCACUACUAAGGAACCCUAAGGAACCCUAAGGAACCCUACAACAGAAUCAACACCAGCCACCCACUCAACCACAAACACAAUCAAUCACACACGUAUUUUUUCAUAUUUAUUACGCACAUGACAACCUCACCAAUUGCUCCUGUUUGAAGCUGAAGCCUGCUCAAUACUCAAGUCACUCACUUUGUAAAUAACCGAACAUGCAGCCGCUCAUUCCCUCUUGCUCGUGCAUGAGCUGUCUCUGUCUCACACUCACGCAUACACGCACUCACACCACUACCAGCUUUCGUGCAAUUCUCUAUGUUAUUUAAAAUAUAACUCAUAUUUUGUAUAUACUGCAAAUACCCACGAAAAUCUACGAAACCACGAAAACAUGUCAUUGCAUAAACGAAGAAAGAAGAUGCUGAUCAAGAUGCUGAUCGAGAUGAUGAUGAUGAUGAUGAUGAUGAUAAUGAUGAAUCUAACAAGGAUUACAGCAUGGAAUAUACACAUACAUAAAUAUAAAUUUGGGAAUUUAUAUUUAGUAAACAUGUCUCCCUAAUAUCUGCCUAAUUUAAGUUAAUUGAAAACUGCGACAAAUGCUAUAAAUAUAAAAUGUAGUAAAUUACAAAAAUCCA